GCGUCGUGACUGCACCCGCCCCGAGCGCGGCGAGGCGCUCCCGGCUACUGCGGGGAACGCCACACCCUCGGCACGGCCCUGGCCCCGCCCCCGCCCGGCGCGUCGCGGCCAGGGGAGGCGUGUGCUGCUCCAGCAGCCAGCGGGAGAGCGAGAGGAUGGAUGUUGGAGGAGGCAUUCGGGCUUAACAAGUGAUCGCUGCUGUCUAGGAUUUUGCUUCUUUUCGGGGGAACCUUUACUUCCUUUCCCAGGCAAGCCUGCCUGUACUGAACUCCAGAGGAACCAGAAGUCCCGGGGUCUUUCCUGGGGCCGCCCCAUCCCCAGCCCCAGGCUCCAGCAGCGAAGACUGUGCCCCCCUGGCCAGGAACACAACUUGUUCUUUGGAUAUUUUGGAGCCUCCACCUGCCAAACCGGAGUGAUUCCUUUUACCACUCUCUCCCCAACCCCCCAGAUCAUCCUUCCCCUCCUCCAGCUGUUGAAGCUUGAGAGGGAAAAACAAACCAGUCGGAGGAAUUUUCUUUAUUUUUGUAUUUCACCCCACCGGAGAACGGUGCAGUGCUUCUUCUGCAUGAUUUUAGCCGAAGGAUGCUCUGCAUUGCCUUGAUUUCUAUGGAGACCUCAGAGCUGGUUGUGCUUCUGCUGACACCUCCUCUAGCACCUUCUUUACCUCCCAGGGUCUUUGCCUCUGUCCGUAGCUGGGCAUUGCCCCUGGGUCCAGGAAGCCUUUGAGAGACUGGAGGAUCAUCCUGAGAGACUCUGAGCAGCAAUGGCUGUGUGUACUUCGAACCACAUCUCAACAUGGGUCAAGCCGUCUCUAGAAGGCAAGUGCUAAGACUAAAGGCAUAUUUACAUUUUAUUUAAAUUUAAUGGACUCAGCUUUGGCCAGUUUCCAUGGCAGAAAAAUAUAUUUCUAGGCACAAGCGCUGGCUGUCAGACACCUGCCGCCUUUGAAUCUUGCAGCAUCCUCAGCAACCACGUCUCAGACAUAUUUCCCAAUUUCAACACCUACUCUAAAACCCAGGUGUCUGGGAGACCCCCACAUCGUCUGACUCGGGCUCGGGGGUGCUGGGCUGCUUGUCUCUGGAGAGCAAUGUUGAAUCCCUGAGAAGAGAGAGCAUGGGGCGUGCUGAUUUAAAAACAGAAAAUGCAAAGUCGGACUGAAAAUAUCCUUAGUCUUCCAAGCAAUCUGCUUAAGGGUUCCACACUUACCUUAAUUUGGUGAGCAAAGAAGCUGCCCUAUUUUCCUUUCUUCUUCUUCGACAACUGGAACCAGCCUUUCCCGAACACUACCACCAUGGAGGUGGCGAUGGUGAGUGCGGAGAGCUCAGGGUGCAACAGUCACAUGCCUUACGGGUACGCGGCCCAGGCCCGGGCCCGGGAGCGGGAGAGGCUGGCUCACUCCCGGGCGGCGGCGGCCGCCGCCGUCGCGGCUGCCACGGCUGCCGUGGAAGGCAGUGGGGGGCCUGGGGGGGGCUCCCACCACCACCAUCAGUCCCGGGGGGCCUGCACCUCCCACGACCCUCAGAGCAGCCGGGGCAGUCGGAGGCGGCGGCGGCAGCGGCCGGAGAAGAAGAAAGCCCACCACCGGCAGGGCGGCUUCCCCCACUGCUCCGACCUGAUGCCCAGCGGCUCGGAGGAGAAGAUCCUGCGGGAGCUGAGCGAGGAGGAGGAGGAGGAGGACGAGGAGGAGGAGGAGGAAGAGGAGGGAAGGUUUUACUACAGCGAGGAUGACCACGGCGAUGAAUGUUCCUACACCGACCUGCUGCCCCAGGACGACGCGGGCGGCGGCGGCUACAGUUCUGUCCGCUACAGUGACUGCUGUGAGCGCGUGGUGAUCAAUGUGUCAGGCCUGCGCUUUGAGACGCAGAUGAAAACCCUGGCCCAGUUUCCAGAGACUUUGUUGGGGGACCCUGAGAAGAGGACUCAGUACUUUGACCCUUUGCGCAAUGAGUAUUUUUUUGACAGGAACCGGCCCAGCUUUGAUGCCAUCUUGUAUUAUUACCAGUCGGGCGGCCGCCUGAAGAGGCCGGUCAACGUCCCCUUCGACAUCUUCACUGAGGAGGUGAAGUUUUAUCAGCUGGGGGAGGAGGCCCUGCUCAAGUUUCGGGAGGAUGAGGGCUUCGUGAGAGAGGAGGAGGACAGGGCCCUGCCUGAGAACGAAUUUAAAAAGCAGAUUUGGCUCCUCUUUGAAUAUCCAGAGAGCUCCAGUCCGGCAAGGGGCAUAGCCAUUGUGUCCGUACUGGUCAUCUUAAUCUCUAUUGUCAUCUUCUGCCUGGAAACCUUGCCUGAGUUUAGGGACGACAGGGAUCUCAUCAUGGCACUGAGUGCUGGUGGGCACAGUGGGUUGUUGAACGACACCUCGGCACCCCACCUGGAGAACUCAGGGCACACGAUUUUCAAUGACCCCUUCUUCAUCGUGGAGACGGUCUGUAUUGUCUGGUUUUCCUUUGAGUUUGUGGUUCGCUGCUUUGCGUGUCCCAGCCAAGCCCUCUUCUUCAAAAACAUCAUGAACAUCAUUGACAUUGUCUCCAUUUUGCCUUACUUCAUCACGCUGGGCACGGAUCUGGCCCAGCAGCAGGGGGGUGGCAGCGGUCAGCAGCAGCAGGCCAUGUCCUUUGCCAUCCUCAGGAUCAUCCGCCUGGUCCGAGUGUUCCGGAUCUUCAAACUCUCCAGGCACUCCAAGGGCCUGCAGAUCCUGGGCCACACCCUCAGAGCCAGCAUGCGGGAACUGGGCCUCCUCAUCUUCUUCCUCUUCAUCGGGGUCAUCCUCUUUUCCAGCGCCGUGUAUUUUGCAGAGGCCGAUGAACCCACUACCCAUUUCCAAAGCAUCCCAGAUGCAUUUUGGUGGGCCGUGGUGACGAUGACAACUGUGGGCUAUGGGGACAUGAAGCCCAUCACCGUGGGGGGCAAGAUUGUGGGGUCCCUGUGUGCCAUUGCUGGUGUCUUAACCAUUGCUUUGCCAGUGCCAGUGAUUGUCUCUAACUUUAACUAUUUCUACCACAGAGAGACUGAAAAUGAGGAACAGACACAGCUGACGCAGAACGCAGUCAGUUGCCCAUACCUCCCUUCUAAUUUGCUCAAGAAAUUUCGGAGCUCUACUUCCUCUUCCCUGGGGGACAAGUCAGAGUAUCUAGAGAUGGAAGAAGGAGUUAAGGAAUCUCUGUGUGCAAAGGAAGAGAAGUGUCAGGGAAAGGGAGAUGAGAGUGAGACAGACAAAAACAACUGUUCUAACGCAAAGGCUGUGGAGACUGAUGUGUGAAUUGCUUUCUCCACCCGCCACUGCACCCCCCCAGCAUCUCCAAAUAUAUUUAUGCAUAGAGAGUGCAGUUAUGAAAAUGAAAUAUGCAAAUGAGUCCAAUGCAUACAGUAGUAUACCACUUAAUGGUUAUACGAGGCAUACUUGUUACUAAACUUGUAUUACAUAUCAAAUAAAUGAUACAUCCUGGAGAAGAGGGAGGCUUAUAUAGGAGCAAAUCUAUCUUUAUAUUUUUUAUUAGAAUGCAAGAAUUUUGCACAUUAAUGGAAAAGAUGGUAACAGUAAUGAUGGUUCCAUGGAGGGAAUGUGUGUGUGUGUGUGUGUGAGAGAGAGAGAGAGAGUACGUGUAAGUUAAUUGUCAACCUUGUUAAUAAUUGUGCAGUGACGGGAAAAGUUGGCAUUUUGAAGUAUUUACUAUGUAAGAACUCAUGAAUUUGAGCAGUUUGUUUUAUCAGUGCUUUAAUAGCAUCUCCAAUGUCUUUGGACUCUGUAGUGGUUUUUUAAAAAAAAAAUUGUAAGAAUUACUGUGUAGAAAAAAAAAGAAAGUAAAUUAUUUAAUAGAAUAUAGGUCACAGUUUUAUCUUGGAUUUAAUUAAAGUUUAUUUUUAACUGGAAAUUAACUUUUAAAAAGGCUGCAAGGGCCUUUAGAAAUUGAUUAUAUUUUAUUAUUAAUUUGGGGAAGAUUUGACAGCAAAUGUCUAACGUUAUAGAAGAAAUGAAGUCAGACAAAAUGUAACUAAUUUUGUUUCACAGGUAACAGGACUGGAGUUUUUUUUUUUUUCUUUUGCACUACUUUAUAUACUGGAGAUUGAAAGAGACUUCAUACUGUGAAUGUUUACUAAUGUAACAGUUCAAUGACAAUCAUUGGAAGAAUGAUUUUUUUUUAGUCUUAUUUUAUUGUUCUCUUCCUUUCAUUGUGUGAGACUAAUGACCACGCAGAUCACAGCACAUGAUUCUCUCCUCUUUUACGAUCUAAGUAACUGAUCUACAAAGGGACUAUGAAGUCAAAUUUAGCACCUGA